ACUGAUACAACAUGACUUGUAGAAAAAUCUACAUAUAAACCUUAAAUGAAUUAACUGGUAUUAAUAAUUCACUGGUAUAUAAUUAAUAGCACUAGAGCUACUGGACUCACAUAAAGGAUGAAUAUCCUUUUCUGACAUAUGCAAUACAAUGGAUAGUUUGAUAGUUGACCUUGACAAGGUGCUGGAUGACUUUGAAGCAGAAGAGUCCACAAGUAGAAAACCUACUGGAAAUGUGUCAUCUGAAUAUGCAACUUAUCUCUCCAAAAAUGAGGAUCAUUCUUGGGAAGAAGUAAGUCGAGCACCGGCAGGUUCUGCUCCUAAUUGGAAGAGAAACAGCAAAGAUGAAUAUCUGUCCUUUAUUGAUUAUGGCGAACCUUAUGAACCAGCAAGUAAUUUUGAUUUGUCUGAGGCAGACUUUGCACCAUCAUUGAAAACAAAAACAGAGACCGUUUCAUCCAAAUUCAGCAAUGUCAUAACUAAUGGACAUGUUGAAACGGUGGAAAAUGGAAAUAUUGACUUCAGUCACAAAAAUCCUGAUAGAUUAUUACAUACCACUAAACCUGGUGAGUUAGCACUCACAAUGAAUGGUUACCAUGACAAUAAAUCUACACCAAUGCAUAUGCAUAAUGAAAACAAUAGUCAGAUGAUUGAUUUACACGGUUGUGAAACUUCUGAUUUAACAGAAAAUGAAUUCGGAAAUGUAGAUCGAAGUGUGAACUUUGACGACACUUAUAAUAAAUUUCCUAUUCAGGUAGUGGAUAUAUUCACACCUGUAUCUGAGGAUGUACCUCAAAUACCUUCAUCUACAACAUAUCAACAGAAUGCCAUACCAAAUAACUUUUAUCAAAGUAAUGGGAAGGAUAAUGUGGAAGAAAAUAUUCAUGUAAAUUUAAAUGAAAGUGUACCAGUGAAUAGUGCAAUAUCUCAUGAUAUCAAUAUUUCAAAAGUUCCAUCAGUGAGGAACGAAGAUUUAACCAAGAACAAACCUAUGGAAAUGAUUCAUAACAAUUUGCAUGCCAAAACUCAGUCAUUAUCUUCUCAUACAUCAGAAAAAAGAGUCAAUGAGAUAAAGUCAGUUAACACUGAGCUAUCAUCCUCACUUACUUCAGACAAUACAAAAACUGACUUACAGCCAGUAAAAACUGAGCUUUCAACAUCAUCAAAGACAGACAAUAGAAUAACUGAGUUACAAUCAGUUAAAACUGAACUUUCGUCCUCACCUGUGUCAGACAAUACAAAAACUGAGUUACAGUCAGAAAAAUCUGAAAAUUUAAACUCUGAAUUAACCAGGAAAAGUACAGAUCAAAUACAAUCAAAUGUUGGAGGAAAUAAUGAUAAUAAGAAGGCAGAUGAAGGAUAUGAUUCUUAUGACUGUCUAGGGAGAGAUGAUGCUAAUAGUGUUCUGGUUGUGAAAAAGGAAGCAACACCAACUUUAGACUUAUCUGAUGUUAUUUUUGACAAUAAUGCAUCAAUAAAUGAUAGUGUCAGUGGUGUCCCAAAUAAGGAACCCUCUAUAGAUUCUCUUGAACAGACUACUGUCAAGGCGUUGGAUAAUGGUAAGUUAGAUUUAUCUCCCAAUAUGACAGGAAUACAGGGGAAUCAAGUACCAAAGGAAACUUCAGUGAAAUCAGAUGAGUCCGAAGUCAUUGGUUUUGGUCAAGAGGUUAAUGUUGAUGAGGAGGAUAUGGACGAUUAUCUAAAAGAUGUACAAGAUGAAAAUUCUGUGAUUUCCAACUCACUGACAUUAAAUAGUGAUGCCGAUUCUGUUCCACCUAGAUAUUCUAUUAUUGAUGAACUUCCUAAUCUAGGAAAGGAAACGUCAAAUGAAGAUCUUCACAGAAGCGAUCAAAAUGGACUGCAGGAUCAUUCCAAAACAGUUGUUUUACCACCUAAAAUAGGCUUGUCCGAAACACAGAAAGAACAAGAACGAAUCUCUGUUGGCAAUAAUAUUCCUAUCUGUAGACAAAGUGUUCAGUUAGAAGAAUUGAAAUCCGCCAGAAAUCAAACUGAUGGGUUGGAUAUUCAAAAUAUGCAACUGCCAUCUGUUGAAAUGGGUGGGGCAAGACCUAAAGAAAUUAAUCGACAUAAUGAUAUUCACAGUAUAUCAACAAUUUCUUCAGAAAUUUCAGAAGUUCAAGACAAAGAACAGAAGCAUGCACAUGAUGCACAAAAUUUGAAUGAAAAUGGGCUUACUUUAUCCGGUGAAUUAAUCCCAGAGACAGAUAAUGAUAUACUAGUGGUAGAAGUUUCAGAACUUGAAAAAUCUGAUUUUGUAAGUGAUCAAACUGGAGAUGAGGAUAAUGAUGAAACUCCUGUGAUGAGGCGUAAUAUUCAGCCCAGUAAUCCAUCUGAUUUAUCACGGCCACAUUCAUGGGGACCAUCAGGCUCUGAUACAGUCCCUUUUCCUCACCACAAGCGUCCAAAUAGUCUGAAUAUUCCCCAACGUGGAGAAUUGACCAUGGCAGGGGAGAGAACUCAGGCACCUUACACAUUCCCAUACCCACCAGAAGAUACUGAUGAAACAGAGGAGGCAGAGGAUACAGAAAACCUGUCACCAGAAAUUCAGGAAGAUCUCAUACAGAAUGAGCAAGUUCAAGCUGUAGGAGGAGAGCCAAUAGAUGGCGCUAAUGGAGCAUCAGGCCACACCCCUUCACCUGACCCAUCAAGUCCUGAAUCACAAGUGGUAGAAGCAAGUUUAGGGAAGAGUGCACCUAUGUGGAUUCCUGACAGUGUUGCUCCAGUGUGUAUGGGUUGUGAAGUCAAAUUUACCUUCACUAAACGAAGACAUCAUUGUCGAGCUUGUGGAAAGGUUUUCUGUUCAGCAUGUUGUAGCUUGAAGAGUCGUUUACCAUACAUGGAAAACAAAGAAGCCAGAGUUUGUGUAGAAUGUAAUCGACAGAUUUCAAUAGCUGAACUGUCGAGCAGUGGUACUCCUAAUCCUAACAAUCCCAGUGAAUAUUGCUCGGUUAUUCCUCCCUCGCAGCAAGCUAGUGCACGUUCACAGCCUCCUUCAGUUCUUGUGCCUGCCAGUGUAUUAAAACGAGAAGGAAGUACAAGGCAGACAAAUGAUAGACAUGUGAUGUUCUCUGAUGGGAUACGCCCAGGAGGUGAUCUGACAGAACUUGAUGGAUCUGAUACAGCUAAUAGACUACCAAUGAGACGAUCUGGGAGGAAUCAGAAAAAAGUAGAGAAAGGAUCCCCAGAUGCAGCUCAUCGUCAGGUGGCGAGAAAGUUACGAGCUGGAGAAGCUAGGAGACAUUUGUGUUUAAUUCCUGAGACUGGUCUUCCUCCUGUCAUCAUAUCUACGGGUGAAAAGGGAGGUUAUUCAACAGAAGAGAAUCCAGAAAUAGAAAAGAUAAUGCCUCAAAUCAAAGAUGAAGAAGCAGACCCUGUGAUAUUUGCCUUGAAUGCCAAUUUAUUUGUACUAGUAAAAAUUAUCAACUUGGAUUGUUGUGUUAAUCGUACCUGUUGGUGUUUUACAUCAAAAGGAAUGUGCAACGUCGGACAAGAUGAAAUUGUGUUUGUUUUAGAAGUUAUACCAGAUGAAGAAACGAUACCGCUAGACAUAUUACGUCACUUUUACACUAUCUAUGAAGAGGCUGGCAAAGCUCGUAGACGUAGAAAAAGAAGGAGAAAAAUAAAGUUUGGUAAUACAGUGACCCACAUGGGCCAUACAAUAUUCAAUCAGCCGUUCCUUGAUAGCCGUGAUCAUGGAGGAAUCCUAUACAUCAGACCUACAUUCCAGUGUUUACAUAAACUCUUACUGCCAUCCCCACCGUAUGUGUUUGGUAUCUUACUUCAGAAGUGGGAAACCCCAUGGGCUAAAGUGUUCCCUCUUAGACUGCUCCUCAGACUAGGAGCAGAAUAUAGAUGUGAUCUACAAAACACAGAUGAUGGAAAACUAUUGGUUUUACACCUGGCACAAAACUAUCCUUGUCCUUUGAUAAGUGUAAGGAACCGUAAACCUGUAUUCUUUGAGAUUGGUCACACCAUAAUGAACUUACUGGCCGACUUCAGGAACUUCCAGUAUAUGUUACCUCAGAUAAAGGGUGUUUCUAUACACAUGGAAGACAAGAAAACAACCAUAACUUUCCCUAGAAACAGAUAUGAAGAUAUAAUGAAAGUUGUCAGUAAUAGUAAUGAACAUGUGAUGGCAUUAGGUGCCAGUUUUAGUCUCCAGGCUGACUCACAUCUGGUCUGUAUACAGAACGAUGAUGGCAACUAUCAAACACAGGCUAUAAAUAUACAGAACAAACCCAGGAAAGUCACUGGUGCCAGUUUUGUUGUAUUUAAUGGUGCUUUGAAGACAAGUUCUGGACUGAAGGCUAAAUCAAGUAUUGUGGAAGAUGGACUGAUGGUCCAGAUAACACCAGAUUCCAUGGUGGCUCUCAAACAAGCUUUAAAAGACAUGAAAAGUUACACCAUAGAAUGUGGCAGUGUUACAGCUGCUAGUCCUGAUGAAGUUGUUACAAUACAGUGGGGAGAAGAUGAUAAGAAUAUAAAUAUUGGUGUAAAAAGUCCAAUAGAUGAUAUGUCAAUGGAUGGUAUAGAGAGCAUACACAUACCUAACGCCACAGAUUAUGUUGGAGAAAAACAGAUAGUAAGAUGGACUGAUGUGUUCUUUAUUCAGAAUAAAGAUUCUGGGUCAGCCAAAUGGGAACCAGUAGAUCUGAGUCGACUAGCAGAAACUUUGUCUAAUGCCACAUGUAUAGCUCUUACCCCUCACCUAGAUAAAUUAAAAGAGGCAGAUUUGACUAAAGUAGCAUUGAGAGUUAAUAUUGAAAUUGAGAAGGUUGGAUAUGAGAUUGGAGCUAAUGGUGAGAGAUUACCUGAUUUGUACAUGAAUGACCUAGAUAAUGAACUUAUACCUGUGAUACAUAGUGCUGCCUCGCAGAACAGAGGUGGAGCCAUUAUAUUGGAACUCAUAUUUCAUAUACUAGAUUAAAACCAUUAAUCAUAUUCAGUAUCAACUUAAUUAGAAAUCUAUGUAUACACAAAAAUGUACAAAUAUCAUUGCAUUAUUAUAGUUUCAGUUGAAAACCAUUUCAUCAAAAACGUCCUAUGGUUACUAUUGAUGUGACUACACAAAGGAUCUGUCACAACACAUGUAUAUGUGUUUCAGAUUAUUUUUAUUAAGUUAAUUAAAGAUUUCAUUGGGAAUUUCCCAUUAAAAUGAUCUUCUCUGUUCAGUUUUUAGUUCUCAAUUUUUUCAUGUUCCUUUUAAGAAAUACUUGUUGGGAUUUGAUAUCAUGUUGACAGAAAUUUUACUUUAAGAUUAAGUUAUUAUUGAUAUUUUUAUUAUAAAAUCAAAUUUCUUAUCACAUCAUAUUUAAAAGCAUAACUUAGGAAAAGAUGACAAAUGUAUUUAUUUGACAGUUUAAUAAUAUUUGUGCAUAUACAAUAUAAUCAGAGACCUUGUAAACAGCAAGCUUUGUAUAUUUGAUUAUGCUAAAUGUGCGAAAAUAUAUAUCUGAAAAAAUCAUUUCUUUUGGUAAUUUCUAGAAACUUAUUCAAAUUGGCUGGGUUUUCUCCACGAAGAGUUGUUGGAUCUUUUCAUUUCUAUUACUGUUUAUUUUCUUACUGUUAACUAAACUUAGAAAUCACUUUCGGUAUAAACUGGUUAAGUUAUUGUACAGUAUAAAUUUUAACAAGGUCUGUUCACGUCAAAGUUGUAUAGGAAAGUAAGCACUGAUUAAGUAGAAUAUUUACUUUUCAUAGAAUUCAAUGUAUUUUCUAGUAAGUAGUCUGUAAAAGUCUCUUUAAUUCUUACUCAUUUUCAUAAAUCUCUCAUUUAUUUUUACGAAAGCAUUAUAAAUUUUCCACUAGAGAAAAAGAAAAUAAAUCAUUUGAUAAAAUACAUAUCUUAAAAACUGUUGAAAUAAAUCCCACAGAUAAUAAUGUCACAAUGAAAAUAUAUAUGUAUUAGUAUUUCAGUGAGCUUAUUUGUAUACAACUUUCUCUGAACAGAUUUCAAUAAGUUUGUUAAGUUUAAUUUAAUUAUUGAUUUAUAGAAUAUAUUUAUUUGUGUAUAAAGUUAUUUUGUAUAUUUAUUAAUGUUUGAUUAAUCUUUAUCUACAACAUGAAACCCCCCGACAGAAGUAAAAAUGAUGUAUUUUGUUUACAUUAAAUGUUUGAGAAUUCUGUUAAAGGCCACAUGAAGGUGAUUUGUGUUUUAAAUGUAUAUAUCUGUUGAGAGUUUAGUCUUGAAUCUUUGCUAUCUAGUUUCUAUGCUGUUUUUACAAUAUUUCCUGAGAGUUUUGUAAACAGUUUAGUAACUUCUUAGUAUUUCACAUAAUAGUUUAAAGCAUUUCUUAUAUGAUUGUGUAAAGAGAAAAUGUGUAUCUUGCUUUGCCUUGCUUGGUUAUGUAUGUUUUAUGUAUAAGUGUAUUUCAAAUAUUCAUGUUUAAUUCUAGUCAAUAUGUUUUUGGUCAAGAUUUCCUGAACAUAUUAUUAUAAUCAUUCAAAAAUAUUGAAAAUAGAUAUGAAACAUUUAUAAGAAUUCUUUCCAGAUAUUUUUCAGUAUAUUUUUCCAAUUAUUUUUCUAUAAAAUAUAUGUUAGAACUUCAGUUUUUAAAAAUAGUUUAUUGUUAAUACGAAUCAUGAUUCACAUGAUAAGAACUGUAUUAAUAUUUUUUUACCUUCUUAAGGUGGUACCCAACACUUUCACUAAAAUAAAUUUGGCUCGUUUAAUUUUCCAAUUUUUUUUACAAAGUAUUUACUUUGACCCUUUGACAAAAAUACCAACCGUUUUAUCAGAAAAAUUACACUGGUUAUAUAGCAGUUUGACAAACACUAAUUUUGAUCAUUGAGAAGCUUAACAUUUCCUUAACAAUACAACGUCAUUUAAACGUUCUGCUGAUUUUACAGAGUUAUCUCCCUGUAGUUUUAGGUACCACCUUAAAACUAAACAUCCAUAGAAAUUAAAGGAGUAGGUUCAGUAAGACCCCUUUUUGGCCCCAAAAUAUAUCAGUUUCACAAAAUUGUGAAAAUGUAAUCGUUAAGCUAUUUGUUGGAAAGUAGAAUGAUGCUGCUACAUAAAUAUGGGCUGUUUUUUGAAAAUACAAUGCACACAUACCCGGUACUAGCACCAUUAAGUCAGGCUAAAUUACUGAAAUCUUCGCAAUUUUAGCAUUUUAGUUAAAUUUUAGAUGGUUUCUGUCUUAAAUGAAAGUGGCCUCAUUCGUGUUCAUUUAUAAUAUUGAAAUGUAAGUUGUAUUUGAUGAUAAUACAUGAUAUAUAUAAUGGUUGAGGAUGAACACAGAUGUGGCCACUUUCGUUUUUGACAAAAACCAACUGAAAAAUGACGAUUUUUGGUAUAUUUGAUAGAUUUUUCAUAUUUAAGCUCAUAUAGGAGCGUUUUUAAUGACUUAAUCAGUUAAUAUUGAACACAUAAACUAAGUGAAUCAAUUUAAAUAGACACUUAAGUAUUUAAAAAGUGUCUAAAAUAUUUCGUUAGAUGAACUUGAAAAUUGAGGCCAAAAUCGACCCUUACCGAACAUUACUCCUUUCUUUUCAAAAUAUUUUCUUAAAGUUUAUUAAUUUCCAAAAUUUAGAUAGAAUUGAUAUUCCUGUUGUGUGAUGACCUGUAUGACUGAAAAUUGUUAGGUAGCACAUAUUGUAUGUUUCCCUGCUAAAAGAAUUAAUAUUGAAUAAACAUAGUAGAUGUUGAUAAAAUAGUAAAGAUUGCUUGAAAAUACAUUAGAUUGACAUGAAAAAUAUAGUUUAAAGUAUUAAAAUUUGUUAUGCAAAAGAGACCAAAAUUAUGCAAUUUUCAAUCUGACGAUUAAAAAAUUGAUUAAAACACUGAUAAACAAGGCAAUAUUUAAAUCUACCUGUAUAUGAAGCAUUUUAAAACUAUUUAUAGUAUAUUGGGUUAUAAGAAGAAUAAAAUAAAUACAUAGCUAAAGAAGUGAUUUGAACUGAUCCUUUUUUCUCUUCAUUAGAGGAAAAAAAUCAAUUGCUAGUGGUAGAAUGGGUUAUUUGGUAAAGAGUUUAUUUUGAUUUUUCACCUCUUUAAAAACUUUCACAUAGGAUGAGUAUGGCUUUAUAUUUUUAUAAAAGCAACAAAUAGUUUUUGAUUUACAACAUUUGCUACAGUUAUUUCCCUUUACUGUCAUGUCGGAUGUUAACAUGCACAAAUUCCUUCCUAAAUUAAUUUUGUAUAAUGCCUAUUUUAGAUCUCUUACCAGAGUUGCUUGUAGCACAUGCUUUAAUUUUGUUAUUAGUCCAAUUCUGACGAAGGCAAAGAGAAGUUUAGGUUUUCACUCUGUCUGUCUGUGUGUCCAUCCAUUAGACCAGCACAUCAGUUUUCAGCACUUUUUUUCGUCAUGUUUGAAAAUAUUGAUAUGAUAGUUGGUACAAAAUCAUGACCAGUGAAAAAUAAUUUUUAAAUUUUGUUCCUGUUGGAUGAUUUUGUGCAGAAUAAUGGUCCUUGAACUUGAAAAAUUCACACAAUUUACACAACUUCUUUAUUUUGGUUGGACAAAAGAAAACUAGCAAAAAUUAUGGUAGGCAACCCAAUAAUGCAACUUUUACAAAAAUUAACAUUUAGAUAGACCAUAAGGCAUAAACAAUGUGCAGAUUCAAUAUGGCACUGCAUUGAGUCAUUAUGAGGUGGAGCACAAAACGCCACUGUAAUGCUAUAUAGAUUUGACAAAUACUUAAUUAUUUUGCUUUAUAAUUGUUGAUAUCAGUUUCAAAUAUAUGAAUGAGAAUUAUAUAAAUUUUAGAUAUUGCUGACUUACUGCUAAAUUAGCCAGGCUUUUAUUGCCGUGGAUAAGUGCUUCACAAAAUAUAAUUCUUUAAAGAAAAAUUAUAAAUAUUUUAUAACUCUUAUACCCUGAAACUGAAAAUAAGAUAUGCUGGUUUAAUAUUGGAUGAAAUCUCUGAAGAAAACACAGUAUAGUGAUAUCCCAUCUGAAUCCAAUAAAUGUAUGUGAAUAGUAUCUAACUUCUUGUUAUUGAUACACAGGUAACAGGUAUGUUGUUUUGUUACUAGGUCUGUUGUUGUUACCAUUAUUGUUGUGUACCCUGUGUUCUGUAAAGUUUCUAUAAAUAGAAAGGUGACGAUAAUUAUAGAUGCCACUGGUUGGUUUUGUUUGAUGAUAUAUUACAUAUAUUUUGGACAGGAAUAAAUUAUCAUUAUAUCAUG